ACAUAGUUUACCAACCAGCGUGAAUUUUAGACAAAGUACACCAACCAACGCGAAUUUCAGACAUAGUUUACCAACCAGCGUGAAUUUUAGACAAAGUACACCAACCAACGUGAAUUUCAGACAUAGUUUACCAACCAGCGUGAAUUUUAGACAAAGUACACCAACCAAAGCGAAUUACAGACAUAGUUUACCAACCAGCAUGUUUGGUAGAACUCAUGAACAAACCGGAGAGAUUGCUUAA